UGGAUCUCGUGAACUCAAACGUUCUUGACAUUGAUUUCGCGAUCUACUUAUGAACACAUCCUGAAGUUUUGGCUAAUCAUCAACAUUGUAUUCAUUGUGAGUCAACAUGUCAAUGAAAAAGAUGGCUUAUUAUCACCCACGUAAAACAAAGGCAUAGAUAUUAGAAAUUGAGCACUCAAACAGCACAUAAAUGAUGUUAACACAUAUUAUAAAAUGAAAACAAUGAUGUGAUUCCCGGGAACUUCAGAAUUAGGUCAAGUUUUCAUGUGAUGAGUUUUGGAAAUUUUAGGGGAGUAUUCGAGCAUUCACAACCGGCAACCAAACGUACUUCAUUGGUCACAUGUCUUUACAAAGUCAACUAUACGGUUUAUUUAUCUCAUAGAUGAAAGUACAACUUGUGCUGAUGACUUAAAGAGUGUUUAAAUGGACAGAACUGACAUCAUGGCUGAAGAAGAAAAGAGGCCCCUACUUAAUGGCGACCCAGAUGUUGCAGUAGAAACAGUCAAUCCAGGAUCAGUUGAUGUCAAUAAACCACCUAUCAUAAAACUUUAUAAACGGAGAUGGUAUAUUUUGUUACUGUUCAGUUUUUUGACAUUUACUCAAGGAGGAGUCUGGAACACAUUUGGACCAAUCGCAGAUUCAGCUGAAAGUGCAUUUGGAUGGAAUGAUGCAGAUAUAGCACUGUUGACAAAUUGGGGCCCUAUUACUUAUGUCAUUUCAACACUCUUCUUCUCUUGGCUCGUUGAUGUAAAAGGUUUAAGAUGGGCCACUCUCAUUACUGCAGCUCUGGUGUUCUUUGGAACAGGAAUACGGUGUAUCACAUCAGACCCAGCACAUGCAAAGUGGCUUAUCAAUCUUGGCCACGCACUUAAUGGCUUUGCUGGACCAAUAGUAAUGGGUGCUCCUCCCGUCCUCUCUGUGACAUGGUUUCCACCCCACGAACGCACCACCGCCACUGCCAUCUCUACAGUCUUUGGAGCAGGCUUUGGCACAGCUGUCUCAUUUGUUAUAGGUCCUUUGCUAGUAAGAGAGCUUACAAACAAUACAUUGGACAAUAGUACAACUGGCAUGCUGCACAAUAUCACAAAUCAUACAAAUACAGAAGAAGUGAAUGCUCAAAGGCAAGACAUCAUGAAACUCAUGUACAUAGAGUUCGGAUUCAUGGCAGUCUUGAUGUUGUUGAUUUUGAUAUAUUUUCCUGCCAAACCGCCAUCUCCGCCCAGUAUAUCAGCUGCCACUGAAAGGAUGGAGUUUAAGAAAGGACUCUCUGCUUUGCUCAAACAUUGGCCAUUCUGGCUGGUAGCAGCACCCUAUGCCAUAGCUGGAGGCGUGUACAACUGCUGGAGCUCAGUGAUAGAUGUAAACUUAAAGCCACUGGGCAUCAAACAGACGGAGGCUGGCUGGAUCGGCUUCUAUGCAACAAUGGCAGGGAGUGCUGUGUCCCUUUGUGUGGCCAGAUUUGCAGAUGUGUUUUCCGGUCGCAUGAAGACACUGUUGAUCUGCCUGUAUUUCUGCGCUGUUGGAGCCAUGGCCUGGUUCCUUCUGCUAUGCAAUCAGUACAUUCCAUUCAACACACCAUCUUUGUACAUAUCUACAAUCAUGGUGGGUGUGUUUAUAAUGGCGGCCACUCCUUUGUUUUAUGAGCUGUGUUGUGAAUUGAGUUACCCUAUAGCUGAGGGGAUCACUAACCUAUUCCUCACCAUGUUGAAUAAUGUCACUGGACUCAUAUUUCUACUAGUCUUUAUGAUUCCACAUGUUGGGACAAUGUGGAUGAACUGGUUCAUGAUAGGGUCAAUCAUAGUAUGCUUACCAAUACUGUUUAUCAUGAAGGAGAAAUACAGCAGGCUGGACAUUGAUGAACAAAGGGUUGCACCUCCUGAGAAAGGACCAGAUGAAAAUAUUUUAAAUUAAAGAAACUGUGAUAUUACAAGAUACAAAUUGAAUGUAGAAAUUCACCAGUGAGAUUUUAUACUAUAAUGAUAAUUAAGCUCAAAAUGUGCAGGAAACAUUGUCUUAAUUUCUUAUAUUUACAAACAUUAGAAUAUAUCAUGUGCAAUAUCCAUGUAUUUGACGUCAAAGAACAUGCAAAAGACCAAGAAUAUACUUUUUUUAGAGAUAUUGAAUGAAAAUGAAAUGCAUGUAAUCUUACGAAUAAUAUAGAAACACUGGUAACA